AACCCGUAAAAUCCUGGCAUUGGUUCGGACUUGGGACGGAGAGAGAGGUCGUCUUUGCCUAAACCCCUUUGUCUAUCUCUCUCUAGAUUUUCUCUCUCUAACCUAACCCCCUCUCACUCAUUGCGAUCUCUGCGACUACGGGACUAUCAUUGUUCGAUCUCUGCAUCUCCUUGACGGGCUUGUUCCAUUUCCAUGGACGAAGCUCGUUUUUCCAGGCUAUGCUUUCCUGCAACUCUGGGAAUCUACAUCUUGUGACUUAACUUCCUCUGGGUCUGUUGAAUUCAGUCUUGGAGGAGGAUAUUAUGCGUAGCUGGUUCAUUCAGUUGCUGUGUUGAAGGUGUCAUUUUGGUGGGAGGGUCAGGUUGUUGAUCUGUUUAUGUGGUAAUACAGUUGUAUUUAAGCUGAAAACCUGUAAAAAUGACCGGGGGCAGGAUAAGGGCGAAAUUUCGCCAGAGCAGUUUGUACACAUUUGGAUGUGUUUGGCGGUCUCCUGCUGCUGAAGCGGAGGGGCCGAAUCAGUUCCGAGGCCCUGGAUUUUCACGAAUGGUGCACUGCAACCAACCUCGCCUCCACCAAAAGAAACCUCUUAAAUACUGCACAAAUUAUAUAUCUACCACAAAAUACAAUUUCAUCACAUUCUUACCCAAGGCCAUUUUCGAGCAAUUUCGUCGUGUUGCCAACUUAUACUUCCUCCUGGCUGCAAUUCUAUCACUCACAGCCAUUGCACCAUUCUCAGCUGUGAGUAUGAUUGCUCCUCUGGCCUUUGUGGUUGGGCUUAGUAUGGCAAAGGAAGCUUUGGAAGAUUGGCGUAGAUUUAUUCAGGAUAUGAAGGUUAAUAUGCGGAAGGGUAGAGUUCAUAGAGGCAAUGGUGUAUUUGGCCAUAAGCCGUGGAUGAAGAUGCGGGUUGGAGAUGUGGUGAAAGUGGAAAAAGAUCAAUUUUUUCCUGCAGAUUUACUUAUUUUGUCAUCAAGUUAUGAAGAUGGGAUUUGUUAUGUGGAGACUAUGAACUUAGAUGGAGAAACAAACUUGAAGGUGAAGAGAGCUUUGGAGGUAACCUUAGCCUUCGAUGAUGAUACAACUUUCAAGGAUUUCAAGGGAACUAUUACAUGCGAAGAUCCCAACUCGAACCUUUACACCUUUGUGGGUAAUCUUGAAUAUGAUCGACAGGUUUAUCCCCUUGAUCCAGGUCAGAUUCUCCUGAGAGAUUCAAAGCUUAGGAAUACAUCUUAUGUAUAUGGAGUGGUGGUAUUCACGGGUCAUGAUAGCAAAGUCAUGCAGAACUCAACAAAGUCUCCUUCAAAAAGAAGCAGAAUCGAAAAGCAGAUGGACAAAAUUAUUUACGUUCUUUUCACACUCCUUGUGUUGAUCUCAUUGAUCAGCUCCACAGGCUUUGCUGUGAAAUCGAAGUUCCAGAUACCAAAAUGGUGGUACUUGAAACCCGAUAAUCCUUCACCAGUUUUCAAUCCCAAUAAAUCCUCCUUGACUGGCUUCUUCCAUUUUAUCACUGCUCUUAUCCUCUAUGGAUAUUUAAUACCAAUUUCGCUCUAUGUUUCAAUAGAGGUUGUGAAGGUCCUACAAGCAAUGUUCAUUAACAAGGACAUACAUAUGUAUGAUGAAGAGACCGGUACUCCUGCACAAGCGCGGACGUCAAAUUUAAAUGAGGAGUUAGGCCAGGUUGACACAAUCCUCUCCGAUAAAACUGGCACUUUGACAUGCAAUCAAAUGGACUUCCUAAAGUGUUCCAUUGCCGGAACUGCAUAUGGCAUGCGUUCUAGUGAAGUUGAAGUUGCUGCUGCAACGCAGAUGGCUAUCGAUCUCAAUGAGCAGGACUCCGAGAUCUCAAGCAAUCCCAUCCAUAAAAAUGGUGCGCAUGGUUUAUCGGAAAAGAGAGGAAGUGGAUUCAGGGAAUCAGAAAUUGAAUUGCAGACCGUCAUUACUACUAAAGAUGAAAAGGUUCAGAAACCUAUGAUUAAGGGGUUCAGCUUUGAGGACAGCCGUCUCAUGAAUGGAAAUUGGUCAAAAGAGCCCAAUGCAGAUCUCAUUUUGUUAUUUUUUCAGACACUUGCACUUUGUCAAACUGCAAUUCCAGAGCUAAAUGAGGAGACUGGAAUCUUUAACUAUGAAGCUGAGUCACCAGAUGAAGGAGCUUUUCUUGUUGCGGCAAGAGAAUUUGGCUUUGAGUUUUGUAAAAGAACUCAAUCAAGCAUAUUUAUUCGUGAAAGAUACCCUUCUUCUGGAAAGCCAACUGAAAGGGAGUUCAAAAUCCUCAAUGUGUUGGAUUUCACUAGCAAAAGGAAGCGAAUGUCUGUCAUUGUACGGGACAAUGAAGGAAAGAUUCUUCUCUUGUGCAAGGGUGCAGACAGCAUUAUCUUUGAUCGUUUGUCAAAGAAUGGAAGAAUGUUUCAGGAAGCUACCACUAAGCAUCUGAAUGAAUAUGGGGAAGUUGGCUUGCGUACUUUGGCACUGGCUUAUAGAAAACUCGAAGAGGCCGAGUAUUCUGCUUGGAACAGUGAGUUUAUUAAAGCAAAGACUUCCAUUGGUGGUGAUAGGGAGGCAAUGCUUGAACGGGUAUCUGAUAUGAUGGAAAGGGAUUUGAUUCUUGUUGGUGCAACAGCUGUGGAGGACAAACUGCAGAAAGGGGUGCCUGAGUGCAUAGAUAAAUUGGCACAAGCUGGUCUCAAGCUCUGGGUUCUGACUGGAGAUAAGAUGGAAACUGCAAUCAAUAUAGGAUUUGCAUGCAGUCUGCUUCGACAGGGGAUGAAACAGAUUUGUAUAUCCACUAUGAACACAGAAAUGUUAUCCCAAGAUACCAAAGAGGCUGUGAAGGAGAACAUUUUGAUGCAAAUAACCAAUGCCUCCCAAAUGAUCAAGCUGGAAAAGGAUCCUCAUGCUGCAUUUGCCUUGAUUAUUGAUGGGAAAACUCUUACUUAUGCUUUAGAGGAUGAUAUGAAACAUCAAUUCCUAAAAUUAGCAGUUGAUUGUGCAUCUGUCAUUUGCUGCCGUGUCUCUCCUAAGCAGAAGGCCCUGGUAACAAGAUUGGUAAAGGAAGGAACUGGAAAAACCACCUUAGCAAUUGGUGAUGGUGCAAAUGAUGUUGGAAUGAUUCAAGAAGCAGACAUUGGUGUUGGCAUCAGCGGGGUGGAAGGCAUGCAGGCUGUGAUGGCUAGUGACUUUGCUAUUGCACAGUUCCGGUUUCUGGAGCGACUUUUGGUUGUCCACGGACACUGGUGCUACAAGAGAAUUGCUCAGAUGAUUUGCUAUUUCUUCUACAAGAACAUAGCUUUUGGCCUCACACUUUUCUACUUUGAAGCAUUCACUGCCUUUUCUGGGCAAUCUGUUUAUGACGAUUGGUACAUGCUGUUGUUCAAUGUCAUUCUUACCUCAUUGCCUGUCAUUUCGCUUGGAGUUUUUGAACAAGAUGUUUCUUCUGAGGUCUGCUUGCAGUUCCCCGCACUGUAUCAGCAAGGACCAAAAAACUUGUUCUUUGACUGGUAUAGGAUUUUUGGGUGGAUGGGAAAUGGUCUAUAUUCAUCUCUCAUCAUUUUCUUCCUUAACAUUAUCAUUUUUUAUGACCAAGCCUUCGAUGUUGGAGGACAGACUGCUGAUAUGGCUAUAAUGGGUAGCACGAUGUUCACUUGCAUCAUCUGGGCUGUCAACUGCCAAAUUGCUCUCACAAUGAGUCAUUUCACAUGGAUUCAACACCUCUUUGUUUGGGGCAGCAUUGCCACUUGGUACCUCUUUCUUUUACUGUAUGGCAUGAUGCCUCCAUACUAUUCUGGGAACGCAUACCAAAUCCUCGUAGAAGCUCUUGGUCCUGCCCCAAUGUACUGGUUUACCACCAUCUUAGUGACAAUUGCUUGUAAUCUCCCCUACCUGGCUCACAUUUCUUUUCAAAGAUUAUUCAAUCCAUUGGAUCAUCAUAUCAUACAAGAAAUCAAGUAUUACAAGAAAGACGUUGAGGAUCGACACAUGUGGACAAGAGAAACGUCCAAAGCAAGACAAGAGACCAAGAUUGGGUUCACAGCAAGGGUGGAUGCAAAGAUCAGGCAGUUGAGAGGGAAGCUGCAUAAGAAGUAUGCGUCUAUGAGUCCGUCUCGUAUAGCCACUUCUUUGAGUCCGUCUCGUAUAACUUCCACAACUUGACAGCGUUCUUGUUUUUCUUUUUUUCUUUUUUUUUUGUUUACCUUUUUAGGGUUUUGGCGAUUUUCAGUUCUAUUUUGUGCCUCUUUUCAAUUCAUUUCUUCAUAAUUUUUUAUCCAGGUUAGCCAGUCGUGAGGUCCCAUUUGUUACAUUAGAGCAUUUGAAGCCGUUGUAUGUACAAUAUUCAAAAGUUUCCAGUAUAGCUUGUGAAAAAAGUCAAUAUCUAUCUGCUUUUGUCCUCUUCCCUGUAUCUUUGUGUAUAUUUUGUACCAAUAUCAAAUAGAAACAUUUUUUUGUGUCCGCAAAGCAGGAAUAGCUUUGUCGUCUUCUUUCUA